AUGCCCUCCAAGGUUGUCGUCAUUACUGGUGCUUCGGGUGGUAUCGGACGCGCUUGCGCGAUCGCUCUGUCACAGGCAUACCCCAAGGACGGACAGGACCUCGUGCUUGUUCUCUCUGGCCGCCGCGAGGCAGAACUCCAGGCAACAGCAGAUGCAUGCAAGCAAGGCACGACAGUAGAGCUUGUCACAGGGGACGUGAGCAACCAGGCGGACGUCGACCGCAUGUUUGAGACCGUCAGGAGCAAGUAUGGUCGCGUGGAUGUCCUGUUCAACAAUGCAGGCAUCGACCUCCUCUCGGCCACCCCCAUCGAGGAUGCCGACAUGGACAAGUUCCGCCAGGUGCUCAACGUCAAUGUCAUGGCUGCUGUUCUGUGCACUGCCGCUGCCGUUCGUGUCAUGAAGUCGCAGGAGCCCAAGGGCGGACGUAUCAUCAACAAUGGAUCCAUCUCGUCAUCCGCGCCUCGCCCAGACAGCGCAGCGUACACCGUGUCCAAGCACGCCGUCCUCGGUCUCACCCGUAGCACCUCGCUCGACGGCCGCAAAUACGGCAUCACCUGUACCCAGCUCGACAUUGGAAACGCCCAGACGGACAUGGCAGGAUACCUCUCCAAGGGAUCGCGCCAGGCCGACGGCAGCCUGCGUCCAGAGCCCGUCAUGGACGUCAAGAACGUCGCCAACUCGGUCGUCUUCAUCGUCGGUCUUCCCGCCGAGGCGGACGUCCUCCACCUGGAGAUUCUUGCUUCUGGCAUGCCAUUUGUUGGCCGCGGAUAA